AUGAUGCGCUGGUGGGUGGCGGGUGUGUUGCUCCUGUGGCUGGGUGCUGCCAGUGUCGCUACGGUCAUUGGCAGUGCUGUUGAUUUGAACGACAACACGAAGAACAACGAUGAGACGGCCAUGGGAAUUGCCUUGUCGUGGGGAAGUGUGGCGCAGAACGACAGCAGUAGUGUGCUUCUCGUCAUGACCUGCCAUGGUCCCCCCGGGGAGCUCGUGUUCGUGGAAGAACAAGAAGGUGGUUUGGCAGGCUUUUGUUGUCGAGCCAUGAAGCGAGCCGUUGAUGCUGCUGCUGCUAUGGUGUCUGUGGAGAGUGGUGAUGAAUUGGCAAAAAAUGCAACAGUGCUCCAAGAGCUUCUGAGGGAAACAGAUGCCGUCACCCAAGAGUGUCAAAAUCAGGGAUCCUCAGUGCCCCUAAACACCACCACCAGAUCUCAACUUCCUUCAAACGCCACGACCAUUCGAUUUCUCUAUCAAGUGCCUCUCUUCCAGGAGCACAAUCCACAACACCAAGGGCCACUAGUACUAGGAAACCGACAACAUUACUUUUGGAACGAGAAACUGGGACAGGGAUAUUGGUGGAAUGGACAUGAUCACAAGACAAAUCCUCCUGACCUACGACCCAUAAUGCAGGGUGAAGAUCAUGAUCACAAGGCACUGUCUGGUUCCCCAACAGACUGGUUAUGGAGUCUCUUUGGAAACGACGACGAUACUCUACCAUCUAAAACCAGUACAACCAAGAACAACGACAACAGUCACCUGGAAUCCGAACGGAACACACAGCAGCAACACGGCCGGUCCCAAAAUGUGGUCAUUCAGACCAGCUUGUCGUCGACCGGUGGGAUGCACCGAUUGCUACACCACCGUAUCGAGAUUCCAUUGCAGCAGCAGCAAGGACAAACCAAGGAGCCACAAAAAAUGACUGCAUCCUUCCUGCUUCUGAUACCCAGUGAUAUGUUUAUGGAUACCGAAGAUGCCUUUGACGAACAUCAAUGGAACGUACAGCUACUACCGGUACAUCCAACAACAACCACCGAUGAGACUUCUGCUGCAAGAUCAAUGGACAUUACUGGCAACUAUUCUCUCACAUUAGAAUCACAAAAAGUCAUUGACAUUGAACUGCCAGCAUUUGACAGCCCCCAACAUGCUGUCAUGGUUCAUUUAGAGUGGAAGUCCCAGCAUGGUACUGUAGCAAUGGAUCCAGUUGAUGAUGCUGAUGAGGAGGACGCCACCAGAGUAUUGGCCUUUCAGUUUGCCACCAAGGUUCAUCUGCGAUAUCCAUUGCCUACCACAGAAUCAUCCAAGGAUGACUACCACAUGUACAAACCCAUUGUCAUGAUGCCUCCACUCUGGAUGGAAGGAUACCUGGAAGUGGCUCAACCGAACGGCAACAAUGCUGUGGACGACAACAAGAAUGUCAUUUAUUGGAAGCUACGACCCUCGGACCAACAAUUCACCAGUCAUCUACUUGGUUUCCAUGGUGCUCCCCAUUUGUUUUUUGGUAGUAUGGACAAUACUGAAAGCAACAACAACAACAGUGACAACAACCAUGAUUCACUGGAGUUUUUGACAACCACAGUAGCGGCAGGAGUGGAAGAAGACUUUGCUUGGGUGGCAACAUUGACUGUCUUGUUUAGCAUAUUGGGGGCCUUAUUGUUGGGAUAUGAAACAUCUCUUGUGUAUGCUAGAGUGGAAGAAUAG